AAAGUUAAUCAUACUUUAGUAAUUAACCUGUAACCUUCAACGCCUAGCAGUUUGGAUAAAUAGUGCUGUCGCUUUAAACUCUGGAAGUUAAAUUAGCAUAGUGGAGGACAGCAGCAGAAGGUCCAGCCCCUGAAAGCAACUUCAGAUACCUCGCCCAGAGUCAUUGCAGAGUGACAGGCAGCACUGACAAGUCUCUGAUGAGAGUUUCAUCAACAUGACAAAGCACAUGGCCCUCUCUUUGCUCCUUGUUCUCGGUCUGGCAACCUUAUCUUCUGCAAAUCGAAAACUUUUAGUGUUUCUGAUUGAUGGUUUUCGCUUUGACUACAUCGAUGAUAAUGAACUGAAGUCUCUGCUUGGCUUUAAAGAGAUUGUGGACAAGGGGGUGAAAGUGGAUUACCUGACCCCUGACUUUCCUAGUCUGUCUUAUCCAAAUUAUUACACACUGAUGACUGGUCGCCAUUGUGAAGUUCAUCAAAUGAUUGGAAACUACAUGUGGGAUCCAAAAACAAACACUUCUUUUGAUAUUGGUGUGAAUAAAGACAGCCUGUUACCCCUUUGGUGGAAUGGAUCGGAGCCUUUGUGGGUCACCAUGAUGAAAGCAAAGAAGAAAGUGUCUAUGUAUUACUGGCCUGGCUGUGAGGUUGAAAUCCUUGGAGUCAGACCUAGUUAUUGUCAACCAUAUUUCAGUGUGCCAUCAGAUGCCAAUUUUGCUGAUGCUGUCCAUGAUAGUCUUGAAUCUUUACGAAAUGGCAGUGCAGAAAUGGCAGCAGUGUAUUAUGAACGCAUUGAUGUGGAAGGCCACCAUUAUGGACCUUCAUCUGUUCAGAGGAAGAAUGCAUUAAAAGCAGUGGACAGAGUCCUUAGCAACAUGAUGAAGCUGAUCAAGGACAAGGGCCUUCAGAGUGACCUGAAUGUCAUUCUUUUCUCGGAUCAUGGGAUGACUGAUAUUUCCUGGGUGGACAAAGUGAUCGAGUUGAAGAACUAUAUCGAUAUGACUGAUGUCAUACAAAUAAAAGAUCGAGGCCCUGUUGUGAGCCUGUGGCCAGUUAAGGAGAAGCAGACUGAGAUAUAUAAUAAACUGAAAACUGUGAAAUACAUGGAUGUUUAUAACAAAGAGGAUAUUCCAGAGAGAUUCUACUACAAAAAAGGAAAAUUUGUCUCUCCUCUAACCCUUGUGGCUGAUAAAGGGUGGUUCAUAGUAGAGAGUAAAGAUAAACUUCCAUAUUGGGAGAAUGGUACAGGGAGAAAGGAGGCCUGGCAGAAUGGAUGGCAUGGAUACGACAAUGAGCUCAUGGACAUGAGGGGAUUCUUCCUUGCAUUUGGGCCAGAUUUCAAAUCUAACUACAGAGCUCCUCCAAUUAGAUCAGUCGAUGUUUACAACAUCAUGUGCAAUCUUGCAGGAAUAAAGGCACUGCCAAACAAUGGAUCCUGGUCCAGAGUGGAGUGUAUGUUAAAAAAUAAUGCCAAUUUGGCACAGUUAUUCCACUGGAGCAGCUGUGUGCUGGCAUUGUUUCUAUUUUUACUGUUUGCAUAGCAUAUCUUGUUUCUCUGCCCCCAAAAUAAUGUUGGUCAGUGUAAUUAGUAACUCGCUUUUUUUUUAAUACUUCAUUUGAAUAAUAGCUUCAUUAACAGAAUAUUGUCUGGGUAAAUUGCACAUAUUGGCCCAAAGUCACACCUCAAGUUACCCCUAGGAAGAUGAUGCAGAUUUAUCCUAUCACAAUAGUUACAGUAAUGUGUGGCCAAGAUUUGCUUUCCUUUAUGCUGUGGUAAAUAUAGACAAGAUUCAGAAGACAUUAUUGCUAAUUUGGAUUUGUCCCAUUACCAAGGAGAGCAGAAUCUAGGCCCCUCAUUUUUAAAUCUCCUGGGUUUUGUUCAGCUGGUUUGGUUUGAUAUUUCUGGGGAGAACUCACCUUCAUAACUAAGGAAAUGUUUUCACUGCUGUAUUGUUUAGGGGCUCAGGCCUGGUUUUCACAAUUUUACUUUUUGUUUACCUCUGGAUUAUAUAUCUCUAAUGGAGUCAUGGUUUUCCCUUGCAAAACCAAGAUACCUGUGGUGAACAUGGCCCCCUUCCCAAAACAGGAGAGAAGUAGCUGUUCUCCACUAAACUAUAAUAUGUACAACUCCUACCAGCUCUAUUCUAGAUGGGGUACAUGGGAGGAUGUAGGGGCCAUGAAUAUAGCAUUCUUCUUUUCCUAGAUUUUCUCUCUCCAUGUGCCUCAGGGCUUCAGUAGACCAGUCAACCAAAUUUUGCUCCCUUUCAAAUCACAAGAGUUUUGCUAUUGAUGUCAAUGAUAUUAAGACCAAACAGGGAACAAGAGCUAAACAAAGUCAAUCCUGAAUUCAGGUCUCCCCAUGUGAUAAUCUACUAGUGGCAGCAUAACUAGGAGUGGGUGAGUGGGGCACCAACCCCAGGUGCAGAGCUCAUGGAGGUGCAAGAAUGGCAGUCACUAUGCUGCCAGCGCAGCUGCCGCCCAGAAUGCAAAACUUCCUAGUUAUGCCCAAAAGAAUAAUUAGCAGGGUUUGUGCACUGCUGCUGUUGCCAUGGCAUGGACUCCCUGGGGGUUGCUGCCACUAAAUUGGUGCCUGGGACUGGUGCCCUGCUCACCCUCCCCAAGUUAUGCUACUAGUUACACUUCUGCUUACUAGAAUGGCCUACUGUUUUUAAAUUAAGCCCAUGAGAGCAUAUAAAAAGAGCAGAGCCGGGAGAUUUUUUUCAGUGAACAAUAAAUACAUUGAAAAAAAUGCAGUUUCCAGAUUACCAAAAUACUCCUGAAACCUAGAAAAAUCCAGCAAAUAAUUUUGGCUGAAAAUCAUUUUGGAAGAGUUGAAACAUUUCAUUUGGACUUUUCUCAAAAUGAAAUACAUCACCCUUCUGUUUUUAGACAACUUCAUUAUUUUGAAAUUGACAGAAAUUAAAGGAAAGCACUAAAGAACUGCAAAGCAAGACAAAAAACAGACAAAAAUAUUUCUCAGACAAAAUAUUUCUGAGAGCCCAAAACAAAAUUUUAUUUCAGUAACAUUUGGUCCAUCAUUAAACCAAAAAGCCGCCAAGCCAUUAGUCAUGAAGCUCUAACAGAGGUAUUUUUACAAUUCUAAUUUGGCACAGCAUCCAUGCCUCACUUUUCCUCAAAAUCUAACCAUAUUUAUUUAAAAAUAAAUAAAUAAUAGUUUUAGUCCUUCUGGUUGUGAAAAAGGUCCUGAAAAUGUGAAUCACCUGUAAAUUGAUGCUGCAGUUGAGUCUGCUGGCAGUUUUAGACACACUCCCUGAGAUGUACAAGUAGUCCUCUUUAUCUCAGUUGGACACUGAAAUAUGAAAGACAUUAAUUUAAAUGUAACCAUUGUUAAUUAUUUUAUUGCUGAUCAUUUUAGCAGAAAAUAUCCCAGCUAUACACAUUAUCAUGUAGCUCCCACAACUGUCCAAAACGGUUCCAUUUCCAAACCUUCAGGCUUCCCUGUACCAAGUUUUACAGUGCAGAUACAGACUGCCAAUAGAGAAACCUGGAGCAUAUAGAAAAUGGAAAGCAUAGGAACAAUGGAAAACGAAUGCAUUUAAUAUCAGAAUAAAUAACACAUGAUUCUUCAAACUUUUAUGUUCAUGUUUAAUUAACUCAACUUCACAUCUGCAUUUAAAUAACAUUUAAUUCCCAGUCUGCUGCAGAAACAAGAGCCUUUCAUCUGAAUUUAGACUUAACUUACUGUGGACUAUGGCAGGAUAUGCCUAUGGAUCUACAGGAUAAGAACUCAAUCUAGCUUGCCAGAAUUUUACUGGAUUUCUUUGUCUCAAUAUCUGAAAUGAUUUCAAUGGUUAAUAGAUCUAAUGAAGUGUCAGUGCCAGAACAAUGUCUGAAGUCUUAUGUUGUGCUUAUGUAAAAUUGUUAGGGAGGGAAGACCAGCCUCACCAAUAGAAUGCACGCAAAUGAAAGAGCAAGGAUGGACAGAAUCACAGCAAUUCAUGUGCAUAGGUGGAAAAAAAAGAUCCCUCAUCUUGCCACAGAAGGUCUUCUCCAUCUAUCAAAAUAUGUUAGUGACAAGUACAGUAAAGCAGUUUGGAACACAGGUGUGUCUCCAAACAUUAAUUGAUGAAGCAGUGGAAGAUAACAUCACCCCUUCAGGUUAUAGAAUGGACUUACAGGGUUGGAAGAAACUUCAAAGGUCAUGUAGCGCAUCCCUCUGCACAGAUGCAGGAUGCAUUAUUCCUAAAUCAUCCAAGACAAAUGCCUAUUCAGCUUCCCUACACAGCUUCUUUCAUUGUCCUAUCCUCACAGUUAGGUUAGUCCAAUAUGUCAACUGAACUUGUGAGGAUUUUUAGCACCUACUGAUUUUAAAUAAUAGCAAAAGGGAAAGUAUGGGGGUUUUUUUAAAAUGUUUGUCAUUUAAGCAGAAUAGUAUGCCAUGCAUGCAGCUGUUUUCUGCACCAGUAACACAAACUUGGUAGACUGACUAUCAGCCCUUGCCCCAAUAAUGAGACGAGGGACAGCCUGUACGAGACAGCCAAGUCUAACAUUUAAACCUCUCUCUCAGACUUCAAGUCUAGGGACCAAGAAGUAUUCCAAAUGAAAAUGUAACGAAUUUAUCAGCCCAGGGAUCUUAACUGCAAAGUUGUACUGCUCAUGUUCAUAGACUCUGGGAGGGAACAUACAGGAAAAUCCAACAGCAAACCUGAUUAUACAACCUAAAUAUUAAUUUCAGCACAUAUAGACCUGAGAAUUCAGCAUUAGUUAACAGAACAGGGCAAAAUAUACUCCCUAAAACAACAGCUAUUAUAUUUAAAUUCAAAAGAUUAAUUUCACUUUGUUGUUAAACUACUUCGUUGCUAUAUUCCUUGAUGUUAAAUAUCAGGAAUAUCCCUGCAUUUACAAAUGGUAGUGAUAAGCAAUGUACACAGUCACAUCAUUCUAUUUUUUCUAAAGUUUCCACUCAAAAAUGAACACAUUUUCAUAUCUGGAAGAAAGGCACAUGGGGCUUGAAACUGUAAAUUGCUGAGAACCCUUUAUGCCCAACGACAAUGAUGUGAAUGCCAGGUGUUCAGCAGAACCUCAAAGAAGGUGCUCGAACACUGAUAGAUUGAAUUUUAGUGAAGGAUUUGCAAUAGAUAAAAGUUUUUUUGAAAAAUCAGGUUUCGUCCUGAAAGAAAUAAGCCCCUACAACUUAAUAGUCCUAUGGAUCCAGCAUAAAGCACGUUCUAGUGAAGCUUGGUACAGUGAGUUUAAGGGUAAAUUAUUACAACAUAAAAAAAAAAAAUCAAAUUAAACUUGACAACAGGCUUCUGUAACAGCCAUAAAGAUUUAUGUAAUGUGUUUUUAAAGCUCAAGUGAACCAUCAAAUCAAUUGAAAAAAAAUAGAAAAUCAGUCUUUGUUAUCAAGCUGUUGAGCAUAAAAGGCAUUUUAGCGCUUUCUAAGCAUUUGCAGUGGCUGUAAAACAAGCAGCUAUUGUUCAAAGUUACUGUUGCUCUUUAAUGGACCAGGCUCAAUGGAUUCACUGAGUGCAUUUUUUUUAAAGCGAGAAAAUUAUCCACAUAAAAGAUAACUAAAUGGCUAAAUUACAAAGUUUUGUUUGAAAACCAACAGAAUGCAUAAAAUGCACGCUAAUCCUUCCACAUUAAAAGCUUCAUGGAGAACAUUCUGAUUUAAUUUUUAAAUGCAUCUCAGGAAUAACUUUAUUAAGUCAGUUAAGUUUUUCUAAAUUGAGAUCAGUGCAAAUGAGAUGAGCACUGACCUAUCAUUGCUUGUGUAUAAAUGGGUAACAAAUAUAUUCAACUUGCUGUAUUAUUUGUGCAAAUAUUGCAGGGUUCAUUUUCAAAAUACACUAACAGUUUGAUGGGGUUCAGGGCAAACACUGUAAGCCUGAUCAUGCACCCCAAAAUAUACUUGAUCUACAAAAGGGAAAUUCUAUGCUAAAUUUACAUGAAGCUCAGCAACUUCAGGAGAACAGAGUUUAAUUAUGUUUUAGGAAUGUGUCUUUCUUGCUCAAUAUUUUGUACUUCUGUAUUGAUUAAUGUUCUGGUUCAAAAACCAGUGCUUUAAUUAUAAGCAUGCUUAUCUGUACAGCAAGCAACUUAGGUGAAUGUAUUUUAAAAACCAUGUGUCUGAAUGAUGCUUUUGAAGAAUGACUGCUUGUGAAUGAGUGAAUAAGUCUAAGAAUGCUGCUUCCUUUCUGUAAGAAAAAUAUUCACUUUUGUAAAUACUGUAUGAUUUCCAAAAAAACCCAGAAUAUCCUGCCUUUCCUGUUUGAUUGUUGUAUCAAAGUGUUGUCAUAUUGAUCCAAUUUUCACUUUCUAGGAUGCUGCAGCUUCUGCAGUAUAAACAGUGUUUGAAGCUUAUACUGAUUGAUCAUCAGUAGGAUGAAUGAUAACAUUGUUUAGAUAACCAGCAAAAUCCUCAGCAUGUACAUUAGAGAUCCUAAAGAAACUGUAUUGGUUAAUAUGGCUUGUAAAUCAGAUAAUUAUUCCAGAGAUAUUACAAUAAAGUUAAUCUUUUGAAUCUG